CAAUCAUCCGUACUUGUAAUCCUAAUUUUCAUAAAUCGAAAUAUCAACUUUUUUUCUUUUUCUUUGAACCUUUUCCUUUAGAAUAAUUAUAAAUAUUACAAAUUAAUUAGCGUACAUUUAUAAAAUCGUAAUACAUUCACAAUGAGUUUGUGGGCAGACAAAUACAGGCCUCACUCUUUACAAAAAGUCGACUACCACUUAGCUCAAGCUCAAUACUUGAUUAAUCUUGUCAACCAAGGUGAUUUUCCUCAUUUACUGUUUUAUGGACCCAAUGGUGCCGGUAAAAAGACUCGCAUUCUCGCUUUACUACGACAGUUAUACGGUCCUGGAGUUGAACGACUACGUACUGAGCACAUGAACUUUAUGACGCCAUCAAACAAGAAAUUUGAAAUUAUGACCGUUGCGAGUAAUUAUCACAUUGAGGUAAAUGCCAGUGAUGCAGGUAUGUAUGAUCGUAUUGUUGUAAUGGAACUGAUCAAAACCGUAGCACAAACUCAUCAACUGGACUCGACUAAACAACGACAUUUUAAAGUGAUUCUUUUGACUGAAGUAGAUCGAUUGACAAAAGAAGCACAACAAGCUUUAAGACGGACAAUGGAAAAGUAUAUGGCUACUUGUCGUAUAAUUUUAUGUGCUAAUUCUAUUGCUCAAGUCAUACCUGCUAUAAGGAGUAGAUGUUUGGCGGUACGCAUACCAGCUCCAACACAGGACACCAUUUGUAAUAUUUUAAAAACUAUUUGCAAAAAAGAAGGCUUGAUUAUGCCAGAUGGAUUAGCCGUACUAUUAUCACAGAAUUGUGAGCGAAACUUACGACGAGCUAUUUUAAUGUUGGAAGCCAGUAAAGUCAAACAGUAUCCAUUUGAUGAAAAUCAAAGUGUAGUCAUACCGGAUUGGCAAUUGUACAUUGAAGACACUGCAAAACAAAUAUUAAGCCAGCAGACUCCGGGAAAAUUAUUGGAAGUUCGUUCUAUGUUGUAUGAAUUAAUUGUACACGGAAUUCCAACUAACGUAAUUUUUAAGUUUCUACUAAAAGAAUUAGUCAAAAACUGUGAUAUGGCUUUGAAAAGAGAAAUCGUCGAUAUAGCAUCGUUUUAUGAACACAGCUUAUUAAAAGGCAACAAGACAAUGUUCCAUCUAGAAGCUUUUGUCGCCAAAUUCAUGCUUCUUUAUUCCAAAUUCAUGGAAGAGUCACUGGGUAGCGUAUUCUAGUUAUAUAUUUAAACUUAAAUAAUAUAUUUUUAUUAAUAACAACACAGUGUAAUUAUAUUGAUUUGUAAAUGGUAUUUUUUAAUUGAAGUUCUUGAGAUAAAAUAACAUAUAAAUAAUUUUAAAAAGAAUUGUCAAAAUUAUAAUUAUUAUUUUUUCCUUUAAA